AUGUCUAAUACAGUAACAUCUGGGAAGAGGAGAAAUAGCGCUGUUACUGAGCCUGACGGUGGCGGAGAAGCAAGAAAGCAGAGGAAGAAGUUCAGAACUGAUGACAAGAGCUCAUCUUCUAAGGAUGGCGAUCCCCAGUUAGAAUUUAAAGUUUUACAGGGAUAUAGGGACCUGGAAAGCGAGAUGCACAAAGGCAGAGCUCAGGUGACCAGGACAGGAGAUAUAGGUGUUGCUAUGGACAAUUUGAAUGCUGUUGAUUCUUUGUUCAAUAAGGUUAUUGGUAUAAAGAACAAUGGGUUGUUCGCUCAUGAUGCUAGAGCGAUGGUUAGUAUAAGUGAACUGGCUCAAAUAUCUGUGAGAAACUUGAAGUUCGAUGAUUCGAGGAGUAUGGUCAAUCUAGAAAACAUAGUAAAUUCCUUGAAGAGAUACAUGCUAAAAGAGCAUUUCAAACUCAAUAAUAUCGCCGAAAAUAGGAAUGAUUUGACGGUUCCUGCUGAUGGACAGUUCGUAGAAGAUCAGCAAGAGGAUAGUGAUGAAAAUAGCGACAGGGCGCCUGGUGACAAUCAUACAGAUAGAGCCACUUCCUCUUUCAAGGCGACCUCUAUAAGGCAUAGUUAUUUACAGCAAUUUUCGCACUAUAAUGAUUUUUCUCAAUUUAAUUGGUUUAGAAUGGGUGCUCUCUAUAACGCUGUAAGUAAGGAUGCUCCCAUUGCUGACCAUUUAAUGGGACCUUUUUCCGUAGAAAAGAAGCCCAGAGUGUUGACUCAACGAAGAAGGAAUAAUGACCAUAUUGGUGAAAAGAUCACUGCUGAGAAAAUUACUCAGCAUUCUUUAAACUCUACACAACAGGAGACGACCCCUGAACAGGUCAAGAAAUGUUUCAAAAAACUCUCAAAAAAAAUAGGCCCCGAAGGUUCCAUUAAUCUGUUUAUAUUCAUUAUUGACCCGAAUUCAUUCUCAAGAUCCAUCGAGAAUCUCUUCUAUACCAGUUUUUUGAUCAAAGAGGGUAAAUUAUUGAUGGAACAUGACGAAGAAGGUCUACCUACAAUUAAGAUAAAACAAAGCAUAAGUCACGCAGAUUCGAGAGGUAAAGAAAUUGAGAGGCAAAGGCGUCGUGGCGCUCACCAAAAUCAUAUUAUUUUCCAAAUGGACAUGUCCACUUGGCGAAAACUAAUAAAAAAAUACAACAUCACUUCAUCAUUCUUAGACUAA